AUUUAAGUUACAGUAGUAUAAUAUAAUUGUGAACAAACAAAUAAGAAUUGCAAAUUUUCACUUGAAUAUUUAUCAUUUUGGAUUUCCACCAAUUCAAAAUGGCAAAUGAAAACGAACUUGAAGUCAUUUGUCGGACUUGUUUAAAUGAAACAAAUUCAUUUAAAUGCAUUUACAAAGUUGGUAUGCUUUGUGGCGAGAUAACAACAUUGUCUGCAAUGCUAAAUGACUGCACAUCUAUUGAGUUUAACGAAGAUGAGGAUCUACCUCGAUUUAUGUGCAAUAAAUGCAUACGUCAACUUACCAAUUCCUAUCUCUACCGUCAAAUGGUAAUAAAAGCCAAUGAAACUCUCCGAGAACAACAAACUAGUAUGAAAACCGAAGAAGGAGUUCUAAGCACUCUGUACUAUUAUGAGCAAUCAACUUCACACAAUGAAUCAAUAGAACACGAAGAAGAACAUGUUCAAGAAAUGACUGAAGAUGAAGAAGAGGAUGAAGAUGAAGGACAUGAAGUAUUAGAAGUACACGAAGAAGAUCAAACUAGCCAAGUUCUGGAAAAUGUUGAAAUCGACAAUGAUUCUAUUAAAAUCGAAAUCAAUUCACAUGAAGUUAAUCAUUAUGAAUUUGCAAUAAUAGAUAAUGAUAAUCAAAUGAUGAUUGAGCGGAAUGAAGAAGUCAUUGAUGAUUCUAGUCAAACGAGUUUUUUCAAAGAAGAAAAAGAUCCACAACACUUGGAUGGUAGUAGUGUUGGUCAUAAAUUACCAAUUAACCCACGUAUACGUAGAAAGAAAACUAUUCCUGGUCCACCAUUUAAGUGUGAAAUUUGUGGCAAACAUUUAAGUAAUCACAGUUCGUACAAAUAUCAUAUGCAAUUGCAUUCUGAUGCAACACCAUUUCUCUGUAGUCAUUGUGGAGAGAAAUUCAAAACAAGAAAUGCUUACGAUGGACACAUGACCACGCACGAUUCAAAAAAUCCAAAUAUGUGUAACCUUUGUGGUAAAACUUAUAGACAGGCUAGUUCUCUUCGUAUGCAUAUUCUUACACACACUGGAGAAAAACCCUAUUUAUGUGGUAUAUGUGGCAAGGGAUUGACACAAAAGUCUGGAUUUAAGAAACAUAUGCUAGUUCAUACGGGAGAGAAGCCAUUUAGUUGCGAUGUCUGUGGCAAAGAAUUCCGAUACUCCAGCAAUCUUAUAACACACAAGAGAUCACAUUCUGGGGAGAAACCUUACGAGUGCAAGCAAUGCGAGAAAAAAUUUUCUAGUGGCGAACAAUUAAGGCGACAUGAAUUAAUACACUCUGGAGAAAGGCCAUAUUCUUGCGAUAUUUGCCAUAAAGCUUUCAAUAGACGAAGUACACUUUUGGUCCACAAACAAGUUCACAAAGAUAAAACAGCAGUGAAUAUUAAGGAAGAAAAAAAAUAAAGUUUGCCUUUUUACAUAAUUGUAUA